CUGCCCUUAUUUCGCGCCUCCUGGUCACUGAAAGGUGUUCAUGGGGGGUGUACUUCAAACAUGAGUCUCCACCUUUGAAUCCCAAGUUGCUACAUCCUGCAUCCUUCAAGGAGCACUGAGUUGGGCAUAAAUAGCCAUCUCCAUCGGCCCAGAUAUACUUUCACUGCAAAUUCAGAGUCUUUCGGUCUUUUCUGCUUCCAAUAGCUCGUACUUGUGUCCUCCCUUUCUCAUCUACUUCUUCCUUUUGACCGUGCUCAUACCACUCCGCGAUCACCAUGCUCGCUCUAGCCGCUCUGUGCAUUGGGGCACUAUACUUGGCAUACCAGAUCGUGUGCUCCCUUCAUCAAACCUUCAGAAACCGCAGAAUCGCAAAAUCGCUAGGCUGUGAGCCACCGCGGAAAGUCCCAUCAGAUCCUUUUGGACUUAAAGGUUUCUUCGAGAUCUCAAAAGCAGCAAAGCAAAAUCGUGUGGUUGAAGAUAUUGCCGACUACUACUCUCAGUAUAGUCCCACCUUCAGCUUGACAGGCUUGGGCGGGGUUCCGAUCGUGUCCACAGCUGAGCCUGAGAAUCUAAAAGCGCUGUUAGCCACUCAGUUCCACGACUUCUGUCUGGGCACUCGGCAUCGCGAGUUCUAUCCGCUGCUUGGGGACGGGAUUUUCACGCUGGAUGGUGCGGGCUGGUCGCAUGCGCGGGCGUUGUUGAGGCCGCAAUUCACGCGGGACCAGGUGGCGGACCUGGAUUUGAUGGACGGUCACGUCUCUCGUCUGAUUGAGCUGAUCCCAAAGAAUGGCACAGUGUUUGACAUUCAACGCCUGUUCUUCCUGUUGACAAUCGACUCGGCGACCCAUUUCCUGUUCGGCGAGUCCGUCAAUGCGAUGCACUCCUCUGGUGACACCGGAGUUCUGGAGAAGACGGCGGUCGGGGGUGCACAGGGCUUUGCGAAGGCAUUUAGCCUGUCCCAGGAGUAUCUGUUCACCCGCAAUUGCUUCAUGGGCCUGUACUGGCUAGUGAAUCCUAAAGAGUUCCAAGAUGCCAAUAAGCGCGUGCACGAGGUCGUCGACCACUACGUCCGACUGGCCCUCGCGCCCAAGAAGAACCCGGAAAAGAGUGCGGGCCGAUACAUCUUCGCUGAAGCGCUGGCGGCCGAAACCGAUGAUCCGAGGGUGCUGCGCGACAACAUGCUCAACAUCCUGCUGGCGGGCCGCGAUACGACCGCCAGCCUGCUGAGUUCUGCUUUCUUCUUCCUGGCACGUCACCCUCACGUCUGGGGCCGACUCCGGCAGACGAUCGUCGAGGAGUUUGGAGAUAGCGCACAUCCUCGGGGAAAGAUCACGCAGGCUAGGUUGAAAGAUGUUUCGUAUCUUCGAUACUUUCUGAACGAAGUUCUCCGAUUGCUGCCCCCAGUACCACUCAACUUCCGCGUCGCCGUCAAAGACACUUCGUUGCCGAUGGGCGGCGGCCCCGACGGCAAGGCCCCGGUGUUUGUUCGCAAGGGCCAGCUCGUCACGUAUUCAGUGUAUGCGAUGCAUCGCCGGGAGGACAUCUACGGACCUGAUGCGAAGAGCUUCCGUCCCGAACGCUGGGAAGAGAAUGCCAGUCGAGGAUGGGAGUUCCUGCCGUUCAACGGCGGCCCUCGAAUCUGCCUGGGUCAGCAAUAUGCCCUCACUGAAGCCAGCUACACCCUAGUCCGCCUGCUGCAGCAUUUCGACCGGAUCGAAAAUGCCGCACCGACGAUGGAGGAACCUAGGAUUCAAUUCAAUUUGACCAUGUCUCAUCUGCAUGGCGUGGAUAUUCGCCUGUAUCCGGCGAUGCCGUAGGGUCUGGCUAGUUUGUGAUGUCUUUCUGUUCGAUUCGUCGUGUAUCUAUGUAUAUGCCGUUUAAGCGAUGCACCUCGUAUAG